AUGCGAAUCUUGCUAACAUAUCACGGCUUUUCAUCAAUAUCUGAGAAGAAUUCCGAUGAUGCCGAGCGCGGCAAAAGAGGCAUACGUCAAGAUCCGGAGCAGCCAUUUCAUGUGCUUCAGCCUUACCAAAGACUGUGUUUUACUCCAGAUACAUUCCACAGUGCAUGA